CAAUAUUUUAGCCUCAUUGCUAUUGUGUAGUAUCCAAAUAAAGUAACAUAGUGUGGCUUGAAGUAUUAUUAUUAUUGAAAAAUAAAUAAAUAAAUAGCUCAGCCCAAUGCAUAUUUAAUUCAUAUUUUUUUCUUGAAUCAUUUUUUCUUCUUUUUUUUUUAACUUACAAAAUAAACACUUUCACUUUACUAUGUCAUUAUUUUUAGCAAAAAAACAAGAAGAAGUUAACCAAAAAAAAGUUAGGGACUUGCUCCGUUUAAAAGAGAACAAGAAAUGUUUUGAUUGCCCUACAAAGAGUCCAACAUUCGUCAAUAUGACAAUACAAACAUUUGUUUGUUCUAGAUGUUCUGGAUUAAUUCGGGAAGUGGGUCAUCGUGUAAAAGCUAUUUCUGCCAGCAAAUUUUCUGGUGCAGAAGUUUUAGCUCUUAAAUAUGGUGGUAAUGGUAUUGCUCUCAAAAUUUGGCUUAGCAACUAUAGCACACAUGAUUCACCUGAACCUGAAUCUGACAAUGAUAUUCGGGCUUUUAUGAGACAAAAAUAUUAUGAAAACAAAUGGCUUGAUCAUGCGUUACUUCAGAAGCAUAAAGAAGAAGUUCGUGCUAUUAUUUCAAAAUCAUUUACCGAAGACGGUCUUCCUAUUAUCACAAAAUCAAAAGGAAAAAUUGGUACAACUGGUUUUGCUCGUAUUCCAUUAAUUGCUGAUAGUGAAAUGAAUAUCAUGCAUGAUGACAAUAAUGAGGAAAGCAUAGAUCUCCACUGCUAUUACCACCACCACCCCUACUAUGUUUGAUGUGGGUAGAACAUCAAUCGAUAGUAUUCACUCCUCUAGUUCUGCAUCUUCUUACUAUACAAGUGCUUCAUCUACUUAUAGUUAUCAUCACAAUACUCAAAAUCUGUAUGGAAAGGGACUUUCAUCCUUUGUUGACAGUACUUAUUCAAAUAUAGACAGCUCAAAUUGUCUUCCAAUUGACAUUGCGUCUAAUAAAAUCUUAUGCGAAGAAGAAAUAAUAGUUAGUUGCAAGAGCCCUGAAGUAAAAUGCUUAAAGAAUGCAAGUAUCUCUCAAAAUAAUGUUCAGCAAUCCUUAUAUAACACAGAAAAAGCGUUUGUUAAAAGGGUCUGUCCAGAAUUACAAAUAGAUGU